AUGACAGUUACAUACGGAGACGAGCACAGCUUUUCAGGGAGCUUUGGCCCGAUGUAUCACUAUCAGUAUCGUUUGAUUUUGAUUGGUGAUUCAACAGUUGGGAAGUCAAGCCUCUUGAAGUAUUUUACGGAGGGAAAGACAGCGGAAAUCAGUGAUCCAACUGUAGGUGUUGAUUUUUAUACCCGCAUGGUUGAAAUACGGCCUGACCUUCGCGUCAAACUACAGUUAUGGGAUACUGCCGGGCAGGAAAAGUUUCGAUCGAUCACUCGGUCCUAUUAUCGGAAUUGCGUUGGAGUGAUUGUUGUUUACGACAUUUCGAACCACUCAACUUUCGAUCAUGUUAUGGAUUGGCUGAACGAAGCGGAGGCGAACGUGGGGGGACCGCAACCCGGGAACUGCGUUUUUCAACUUGUUGGCCAUAAAGCUGACUUAGACGACCGUGAAAGACAAGUAAUGUACGAGGAAGGAGAGUAUUUAGCAAAGUACCAUAAAAUUAAAUUCAUUGAGACAUCUGCGGUCACCGGUACUAAAUUUGGCAAUACAAUGUAG